UAUGUAUGUAUGUAUGAAUGUAUGUCCGAUAGUAUGUAUGUAUGUAUGUAUGAUGAUAGUAUGUAUGAUAGUAUCUAUGUAGGUAUGAUUUAUGUGUGUAUGUAUGUAUGUUUGAAUGUAUGUUUGUUUGUAUGUAUGUAUGUAUGUAUGUGUAUAUGUAUGUAUGUAUGUAUGUAUGUAUGUAAGUAUGAUGAUAUGUAUGCAUGUAUGCAUGUAUGCAUGCAUUUAUGUAUGACAGUAUGUAUAUAUGAUAGUAUGCAUGAUAGUAUGUAUGAUAGAAUGUAUGAUAGUAUGUAUGAAAGUAUGUAUAUGUGUGAAUGUAUGUAUGUACGUAUGUAUGUAUGUAUGUAUGUAUGUAUGUAUGUAUGUAU